GCUUUUGAGAUACAGCCAGCAUUUUUGGCUCCCAUGGCAGCAGCAAACUCUACUCCACCUGGCUCUUUGGAUCUAAACCAGCCUGGGUUUUCAAAGGAGAUACUGGGUACUAAACUGGAGGUCAAAUACCUCUGUUCAGAGUGCAAGAAUAUAUUGAGGAGGCCGUUUCAAGCUCAGUGUGGACAUCGCUACUGUUCCUACUGUCUGAAGAAAAUUAUAAGUUCUGGACCUCAAAAGUGUGCCAUCUGUAUUCAGGAGGGAAUAUAUGAAGAAGGAAUUUCUAUUUUAGAAACAAGCUCAGCUUUCCCAGACAACGCAGCUCGUCGGGAGGUAGAAAGUCUGCCUGCCAUCUGCAUUAACGAUGGCUGCACUUGGAAGGGGACUAUUAAAGAGUACGAGAGCUGCCACGAAGGGAGCUGCCCGUUCGUGCUGGUUGAGUGCCAGGCAUGUAAGGGAGUGAUCAAACUGAAUGAAAAGGAACGCCACUGUGAGCGCGAGUGCCCCGAGAGAAACCUCAACUGCAAAUACUGCAAAUCGCUUUUCUACUUCCCUGAUAUUAAGGCUCAUGAUGAAAUCUGCCCUAAAUUUCCCUUGACUUGUGAAGGCUGUGGGAAAAAGAAGAUUCCACGAGAAAAGUUUCAGGACCAUGUGAAGGCUUGUGGCAAAUGUAAAGUGCCUUGCAGAUUUCAAGCUAUUGGGUGUGCUGAGAUGGUGGAAAAUGAGAAGAUACCAGAACAUGAAAGCAAGUGCUUGGAAGAGCAUCUGUACAUGCUACAGAGUUUUGUGCUGAGCCUCAAGACAGCAUCUAGAGACCUAAAGCAUCAUCCUGCCCCUUCCUCCUCACAAACCAACUCCCCGCUCGUGACGGGAAAUGCUCCGUGCUCUGAGACGGAGCUCUCCAAGUCCCUGGAGCUCCUAGCAAGGUGUGAGGCCCUUGAGAAGAAAACGGUGACCUUUGAGAACAUUGUGUGCGUGCUCAAUCGGGAGGUAGAAAGAGUAUCUCUAACAGCUGAAGCCUAUAGUCGGCAACAUCGACUAGACCAGGAGAAAAUUGAAACACUGAGUAACAAGGUUCGGCAGCUGGAAAGGAGCAUUGGACUCAAAGACCUGGCCAUGGCUGAGAUGGAAGAAAAGAUCCGCAACCUCGAAGCGUCCACCUACGACGGUGUCUUCAUCUGGAAGAUAACGGAAUUUGCCAGGAAGCGUCAGGAGGCGAUAACAGGCCGCUCGCCCGCCAUCUUCUCUCCAGCUUUCUACACCAGCAAGUACGGCUACAAGAUGUGUCUGCGUGUCUACCUGAACGGGGACGGCACCGGGCGCGGGACCCACCUGUCUCUCUUCUUUGUGGUGAUGAAAGGCCCCAACGAUGCGCUUCUGCGAUGGCCCUUCAACCAGAAGGUAACCCUGAUGCUUUUGGAUCAGAACAACCGAGAACACAUUAUCGACGCGUUCCGACCCGACGUGACGUCCUCCUCCUUCCAGCGACCCAUCACUGAAAUGAACAUUGCCAGUGGCUGCCCGCUCUUCUGCCCCGUCUCCAUGAUGGAAGCCAAGAAUUCCUACGUCCGGGAUGACGCCAUCUUUAUUAAAGCCAUUGUAGAUCUCACGGGCCUCUAACCCUCCUGGCCUCCGGGAGCAGUGAACGCAGAGCCAGCCCCGCGUGGGGCAUCCUCCCUCUUGCGCUGCCCUUCAGGCAGCCCUCGGAGUGAGAGGGGGGCGAAAAGCCGAAGGGGAAAAGGCCAGAGCUGCCCCUUCCCCCAAAGGGACCUUCUGCGCUGUGAGUGGAAACAAGGUGUUUGAUGGGAACCCUCUUCCCUGGUGUCAGAGAGACUUUUCCUGAGAAGUUUGGGUGUACGUUACAGUCUGUGGGGGGCAGGAAUAUUUCCUGCAGGGACUUGGAUAUCUGAGCGGCCGGUGUCUGGUUUCCGCGUGGAGAGAAGCGCAGCUCCUGCUC